CUCCACUUCUUUUAAUUUCCUCCCAAAUUAACCACCUACUCCUUUAUAUGUAGCUUCUUCAACAAAAAAGCAAAUAAAUAGCACCCCCCCAACAACACCCCCACAAAAAAAAGAAAAAAAUUUCCCUAGCUACCACCCUACCCCUCUUUCCUUGAAUAUGCAAUAAUCUUUUAACUUUUAUGUAGAAUUAUUUGUUUUUGUGUUCUUAGUUGAUUUGGUGAUCACUGCUGUAUACUUCAAUUUUAAUGUUCAGCAACAAGACUACCAAUCUGCUAGUUCCAGUGGCGGCGGCGGCCACCUCCCACCGCUACCGGAAGUUAGCGUGGCGACAACCGCCGCCAGCCUGGUUCGGCCUGGCUCGAUGGCGGACAGAGCCCGACUGGCGGGGCUUCCGCAGCCCGAGCACGCACUCAAGUGCCCGCGUUGCGAGUCGGUCAACACCAAGUUCUGCUACUUCAACAACUACUCCCUCUCGCAGCCGCGCCACUUCUGCAAGACCUGCCGCCGCUACUGGACGAGCGGCGGCGCCCUGCGCAACGUCCCCGUGGGUGGCAGCUGCCGCCGCAACAAGCGGAGCAGCAAGUCCAAGACAUCUUCCUCAGCAUCGGCCAACCGCCAAGCAGCUGGCACGCCAUCAUCCGGUGCAAUUCCACCCGACGUCCGGCCUCCGCCUGCUGGCGAACCGCCAUUCAUGACCUCUUUGCAGUCUAUAGGCGACUACGGUUGCACUCUUUCCGAUCUAGGGUUAGGGUUUAGUAGUCUCCACCCUAUUGAGCCAGUAGAUAGUUAUCAAGUACUAGGAAGUAGCUCAAGUUUAGGGUUAGAACACAAGAGGAUGCAACAAAUCCAGCAAUUCCCUUCAUUUACAAGUCCUUCAAUGCAAGGACUACAUAAUUUCAAUGGAGAAAGUACUAGCAGUGAUCAUCAUGGCUUAUUCGGCUCGAUCCUUCCAAAGGUAAAGAUGGAGGAUGAAUUACGAAGGCUAAAUUUGCCGCGAGAGUAUUUGGGCAUUCCUAGAGAGAACCAAUAUUGGGGAAGCGGCGAUAUCGCAGGUUUUAACUCUUCAUCAUCCGGCAAUAUCUUGUGAUAGUUCCAGCAUGCUUUCGAUGGUUUUCUCGGUAAUCUUGAUAAUUGAAGUCAUUGAAGCAUAAAUUUUUGCUAUAGCUUCUGAGACGAAGGUAUUACGUAACACUCGGGAGGGAAGGAUUAACAAACCAUUUGGUUAUCGCUAGCAGUUAACAUAUGGUGAGGAGAUAUGGAGAAGGUAGCUAGGAAUGGUGGGUUAGGUUUUUUUUUUCUUUUUUCUUUUUUAAAUUAAGUUCAAAUGGUAGAUUAGUUUAGUUACCUUGUUCUGGUUUGUAUGCUUUACUUUGUAUCUUGUAAUAUGGUUAGAGAAAUUAGGUGUAUGAUCAAGUUCAUAGAGGGUGGGAUAUUUAAAUAUAUAUAUGUAAUUCUCCAACUUGAGGAGUUGUUAGUUGUGAACUAGUCCAUGUUCUAUUUGGCUCUAAUUGUGAUUAAUUAGUAACUUUUGUUGA